AUGUCCAGCUUGGUUUUUCUUUCAACGAUUAGGGCUUUGAUGUGGAUCAAAUCUGUGCAUGAAGAAUUAAAUGUGGAUGAGAAAAUUUGGUGGGUCUGUCCAUAUAAAAGCUGGAGUGAUAUUAAAAAAUUUGGAUUGAAUGGUAUGUUUUGGUGCCCUCCGAGUCUUGGUUGGGUAAAAUUUAAUGUUUGUGGUGUGGAGAUUGAGGAUGAAGUCGGGUGUGGAGGGGUGUUAAGAGAUUCGGAUGGGGUGGCAAGGGCAUUAUUUUCUGGUCCGUUUGCAGCGAAAGACUCCCUUGUUGUGGAGGUGGGGGCAAUUAGCUUGGGUUUGAGUGUGUUUUUAGCGAUGGGGUGGAAAGAAGUUGAAAUCAGGUUGUCUAGAAUUGGAAAUGUUUCCUUUUCGAAAGCGGAUAAGCACAGCCAUAAGAUGGCAUUUGCGCUGGCAGUUGCUAAUCUGAAAAGGCUGGGAAUGUUUAAGAUGGGAUUUGUUUGGGUUUUUGUGGGUUUGCUUGUUGUAAUUUGUCUGUGUUUGGAUUACUGUUUCUUGGGUUUGGGUCUUCUUGUAUCUGUUAGAAGAUGGAGGCUAAAUCGUUGUGGGUAUUAUUCACUACACUUCUGUUCAUCAUACAAGGGUGGCGACAGACUGAGGGGUGCUUGGAGCAGGAGAGAAUUGCUCUCUUCCAACUCAAAUCCUUCUUCAAUCGCCCUUACAAAUUGGAAAACUGGGCGGGAUGUGAAGGGUUCGAAUUGUUGCCAAUGGGAAAGAGUUGAGUGCAACAUCACAAGUAAACGAGUAAUAGGCCUUGAUCUUUAUUUCACACGUUAUUGGGAUAACCGUGGAUGGAGAUCAGAUCUAUCUGAGUAUCUCAAUGUCUCUUUAUUUCUUCCAUUUGAGGAAUUGAAGAGCCUUAAUUUGAGUGAAAAUAAUAUUGCAGAUCUUGUAGAUAACCAAGUAUCUUUAUCAUCUGUUUUCAACAACUUGGAAAUCCUUGACUUAUCCGGCAAUAACUUCAAUGAUAGUGUGUUAUCAAGAUUGAAGAGUUUGACAAACUUGAAGACAUUAGAUAUAAGCAACAAUAUGAUCGUAAGCCUCUACCACUUUGAAGAAUUGAAGAGUUUGACAAAGUUGAAGACAUUAGAUUUAAGCUACAAUAGGAUCGUAAGCCUCCACCACUUUGAAGGUGAGAAAGUGCAACCGAUGAUGAAUUUAGAAGUGCUUGAUUUGUCUGGUAAUCUUUUGAAGAACAAUGAUCUAACAUAUCUGAAGGGGUUAUCAAGUUUAAAGUCCUUGAGUAUACGAAGAAAUCAAUUGGAAGGGUCAAUAAGUAUUAGAGUAUUGAAUAAUCUGACAAAGCUAAAGCAGUUGGAUUUGAGUGGCAAUAAAAUUGAGAGCCUCCAAUCUUCUCAUGAUGGUGAGAGGCCACUCAAUUUGACCAAUUUAGAAGAGCUUUAUUUGGAUUCCAACUCCUUCACAAACAGCUUAUUGUCACAACUUAGUGGAUUUUCCAAUCUAAAGUCAUUGAGUAUAUACGGUAACCAGCUUAAAGGAUCAAUAAAUAUUAAAGUAUUGAAUAAUCUGACAAGGCUAAAGACGUUGGAUUUGAGUGACAAUAAAAUUGAGAGCCUCCAAUCUCUCCAUGAUGGUGAGAGGCCCAUUAAUUUGACCAAUUUAGAAGAGCUUUAUUUGGAUUCCAACUCCUUCACAAACAGUUUAUUGGCACAGCUUAGUGGAUUUUCUAAUCUAAAGUCAUUGAAUAUAAGGAAUAAUCAACUUAAAGGAUCAAUAAAUAUUAAAGACCUAAAUGCUUUGAGCAACUUAGAAGAGCUAGACAUGAGCAAUAAUAAGGUGAAGGAAUUUGUGCCCACGAAGAAUAAAGAAAAUGAAAGUUUGGAGAAGCUAAAGGUUGCUACAUUAAACAAUGUGUUCAUCAAUGGGACUGUUUCUCUAAUGCAGCUUUUGGAGACAUUCUCAUCUGUUAAUACCUUAUAUUUGAUAGACAAUCACUUCAAUGACACCAUAUCUACUCAAGAUCAAUUGCAUAUGUCGAGCAAAAUAGAGGAAUUGGUGUUGGAUGGUUCAUAUAUCAACAACAACAUUCUUCAAGGCAUUGGUGUAUUGGCUUCUCUUAAAAUUUUAUCUUUGCGUGGUUGUGGGUUGUCUGGGACAUUAUCUACCCAAGGGUGGUGCGAUUUAUGGAAGCUUGAGGUGUUGGAUCUUAGUGAAAAUGCACUUAAGGGAACACUCCCUCCAUGUUUGGCUAACUUGUCAUCUCUUGAUUAUUUGGAUAUUUCUAAUAAUCAAUUCACCGGGAAAGGUGCCUCCACUACUUUAGCCAAUCUCACUUUGCUUAGAUUCAUUUCUCUUUCACAAAACCUAUUCGAAGUUCCAUCAAUUUUCAUAUCAUUUGCCAACCACUCACACCUCAAAUUCCUCUUUAGCGAUCAAAACAAGUUAGUCAAAGAACCUACCAUUCAAACAUGGGUCCCAAAGUUCCAACUAAAAGUCUUCCGUUUGUGGAAUUGUGCAACAAAGGAACUCCACAUUGAAAUUCCAAAAUUCCUCUAUUACCAAAAUGACUUGAGUUUUAUUGAUCUUUCAGAUAAUAAUUUUGGAGGGAAUCCUUUUUGGUUGUUAGAGAACAAUACAAGAAUGGGAGCAUUUUUAAUAGAGGGUAACUCUUUUAUGGGCCAUUUCAAUAUCCCAUCUCAUCCGAAUCCAAACAUGUCCAUUGUUGAUAUAUCUGACAACAAAAUACAAGGUCCAAUUCCAGCAAACAUUUGUUCAAUCUUUCCACAACUAGCUAGGUUAAACCUAUCAAGCAAUUUCCUUCAAGGUAAUAUUCCUCCCUGUUUGGUUAGUUUGAACACUAUGUUGAUGAUAGAUAUGUCACAAAAUCAGCUAUAUGGAGGAAUACCAAAAAUGUCAGCUCAAAGUGACUCAUUGAUGUUUCUUAGGCUAUCAAAUAAUCAUCUAAGUGGAAAGAUAACCCCAACGAUCUUUUGUUCACCUUCAUUAAAAUUUUUAUAUUUAGAUGGCAAUAAAUUUGAUGGAAAUAUACCUAGCAUUGAUAUCUCCACUUUCCCUUAUUAUUCCCUUAGUGAUAUAGAUUUAAGUAACAACAAUUUGUCUGGAGAACUACCAAAAUGGAUAUGGAAUGUGUCAAAUUUACAUACAUUGGUAGUAUCCAACAACCAGCUCAAGGGUCUCAUUCCGAUGGAAUUGUGCUAUUUGGAUUCCCUUGAAACUUUGGACCUUUCAAAAAAUAAUUUUUUUGGGCCAAUACCAUCUUGCUUCCAUGCACAAUCUAUCAAACAUCUCCAUUUGAGCAGAAAUAGAUUAAGUGGUACUUUGAGGAAUGCAUUCUUUAAUAGCUCUUCCCUGGUUACUUUAGAUCUUAGUGAAAACCAGUUGACUGGUGAAAUUCCAUACAAGAUUGGAACUCUUUCGGCUUUGAGUGUUCUCCUUCUAAAAGCCAAUUAUUUUGUCGGAGAAAUUCCCAUUGACAUAUGUAAAUUGUAUUCGUUAAGUAUCAUUGAUCUUUCUCAAAACAAGCUUUCUGGUCCAAUACAUUCUUGUUUGAGUCACUUAACUCUUGAGCCAAAUGGUGAAAAAUCUUUGACAUUGGAUUCUACAGAAGUAUUAGGUUUAAUAGGAAUUGUGGAUUUUGGAGAAAUAUUGAGGGAAGCUAAUUACUUUGGAAUUACUGAAUUUGAAUUGUUCAAUUUUAGAGUUGAAGAACCAUUCAAUCUACAUACCUCUAUUCAUGAACAACUAGAAGAAAAGGUGGAUUAUACAACAAAGAGAAACUCUUACACCUACAAGAGAAACAAUCUUGAGUUAAUGUCUGGAAUUGAUUUAUCAUGUAAUAGAUUAACAGGUGAAAUCCCCACAGAGAUUGGAAAUUUGAGUGAAAUUCGAUCACUAAACUUGUCGCACAACAAUUUGACUGGACAUAUACCGUCAACGUUCUCAAAGCUCAAGCAAAUUGAGAGUCUGGACCUUUCUCACAACAACCUAAUUGGAAGAAUCCCUAUUCAAUUGGUGGAGUUGUACAACUUAGCGGUUUUCAAUGUGUCAUACAACAACUUGUUAGGGAGUAUUCCGUCUCCAAAAGCUCAAUUUGGAACUUUCGAUGAAAGUAGUUAUGUGGGGAAUCAUUUUCUCUGUGGGCCUCCCUUGCAUGAAAAUUGCAUCGACAUUGAUUCACCUUCGAUUACAGCACCAAAUACCUCAAACGAAGAAGAAGAAAAUGGUGUAAUAGACAAGUACGUUUUUUGGGUGACCUUUUUUGUUUCUUAUGUAAUUCUGUUGCUGGUUAUUGUUCUCAUCCUAUAUAUAAAUCCUUAUUGGCGACAAGCGUGGUUUUCUUUUGUUGAACACUGCAUCAAGACCUGCCAGUACUUUAUUGAGGACAAUCUUCUGUGAUUUUCCAUCUUCAAAAGAAGCGAAUAGCCUUGUGCUUUGGUGGUUUACAUCUAUAUGUAAAUUUUUUAAAAGUUUGAUUGAGUUAUCUACUUUAAGUUUUUAGAGCUAGAAUGCAAUACCUCUGUGAUGUAAUAAUUGCCAGUCUAGUAUGAGAAAACAGUAUAUAAUGCUAUGCAUUUUCAUUUAAAACA